GACACAUUUGAAGUUUCAUACAUUUAACGGACUGAAAAAACAUUCGAUUACAAGCAACACAGUAAAAUAGUUAAUUUUGUUCUGAUUUUUUUAUAAGAUUCCCCAAAAGUUCCCACAUAAAACCGAUAUUUUUGCAAAGAUAAUCACAAAAAUGCCAGGCGUUAGCGAAAAUCCAAACUAUUACUUUUCGGAAAAGGAUCGCAAAGCAAGUUUCAAGUCUUGGCCAUUCACCGAACGUCAUGAAUGUAGCAUCACCAAGAUGGCAGAAGCCGGUUUCUAUUGGUGCGGUACGAUGCAAGAGAACGAUGCUGCAGCUUGUUUUUUGUGCGGCAAAGUGUUGGAUGGAUGGGAAUCAACCGACGAUCCAUGGUCGGAACAUAAAAAACACUCGCCACAAUGUGCUUUCGUGAAAUUUGGUCGUCCAGAAGACGAUUUAACCGUUGGCGAACAGCUUGAUUUGUUGGAUCUUUACGUGCAAAAGGUGUUCGAUAAGAAAUUGGACGAAGCAAUGAAAGUGCUGACCGAAUUGGGAAAUAAAGCACGUAAUGCCAUUCAGACAAAAUUGAAAUCGAAUGAUUGAAUGCUGCCGCUCUUUGCUCACCACGCGCAAUGCUGAAUCACAAAAUCCAUAUUUUAUCCAUACAUUUCUACCAUGAAUAAGGAAUAUAUUUGAUCAUUAAUUUUAGGAAGAAUAUUGCAUACUGUUGGUUGAUUGGCAGCUUAAGCCACUGCCUACAACGAUGAUUUUUGUUCAUUCACAUCACAGUUACGAAUAAAAAAAUUGUAAAUCAUGUGGAGUAAUACAAA